AUGACCCAACUCGAUUUCAAAACGGUCGUCAAACAGGAAGAAGAGCGCUUGCGAGAAGUGUACCCGACUGCGGACGAUAUACCGGGAUGUCUGUCGUUGUUCGAGUUGUGGACCGGGUGUAAUGACUUGCCUCCUUCAUCUCCUCCACCGCCUUUCUCAGACACUGACGAGAGCGGAAUCGAUGACAGAGAUGGCCUUUUAGACGCUGAAGGCGAGGAUGAGGAGGAAGACGGCGAGGACCUUUUUGAAAAUCUCGAAGCUGAUUAUGCCCCAAACGAACUCUUGGAUCGAUAUUCGGACGCUGACAUUGACGAUGACGGGGAUGCGGCGGAAUUGUCUGCUGCCCAGCGUCGAGCUGCUGAAGCCCAAAUGGCGCGUCGCGACAGACUGGAACGCGCUGGAAAGAAGGGCAGUCGAGCAUUUAUACGUACCAAAGCUCCAACUUUCCUUGGAAGUGAUGACAUGGACGACGACGGAGACGUUGAUGAUGAACUGGGAUUGUCUCAAUUCAAGGCCAGGACGCGACGACAUUACGAUGAAAGGAGGGACCAGGAUGAUAUGGAAGGCAUUGAAGAUGAACUGCCUCUAGAACAACUGGGCGAUAUCAAAGCGAAAUCUAUUGUCGAAUGGAUUGCCAACGAGCGUGUUCGACGAUCGAUUGUCAAGCAUUUCCGGACCUUCCUCAUGACCUAUGUUGACGAAAAUGGCGCGUCUGUUUAUGGUCAACGAAUUAGACACCUCGGUGAAACCAACGCCGAAUCACUCGAGGUCUCCUACGCCCAUCUUGCAGAUUCGAAAGCCAUUCUUGCUUACUUCCUCACCAACUGCCCAAGCGCUAUGCUUGAAAUCUUCGACGAAGUUGCACUCGACCGAAUCCUUGUCUACUACCCUUCUUACAAGCGUAUCCACUCCGAAGUCCAUGUUCGAAUCUCCGAUCUUCCCCUCUCCUCAUCCCUGCGUGAUCUCAGGCGUUCAGAUCUCAACAAACUCGUUCGUGUAUCUGGCGUGGUCACCAGACGGACUGGCGUGUUCCCACAGCUCAAAUAUGUCAAGUUUGACUGUACCAAGUGCAAGGCCGUUUUGGGACCUUUCUACCAGGAUGCUACCAAGGAGGUCAAGAUUAGUUACUGCGCGAAUUGCGAAAGCAAGGGACCCUUCCCAGUCAACUCUCAGCAGACCGUGUACCGCAAUUACCAGAAGAUGACACUUCAAGAGUCGCCAGGCUCAGUACCAGCUGGUCGCCUUCCUCGGCAUCGCGAGGUCAUUCUUCUCUGGGAUCUUAUCGACAGUGCUAAACCCGGAGAAGAAGUGGAAGUGACCGGUAUCUAUCGAAACAAUUUCGAUGCUUCCCUAAACGCGAAGAACGGUUUCCCGGUUUUCUCUACGGUUAUCGAAGCCAACCAUAUCAACAAGAAGGAGGACUUGUUUGCGGCAUUCAGGUUGACCGAGGAAGAUGAGAAGGCUAUGAGAGCGUUGGCCCGUGACGAGCGUAUCAAGAAACGAAUUAUCAAGUCUAUUGCUCCUUCUAUCUACGGCCACGAGGACAUCAAGACCGCCAUCGCUCUCUCCUUGUUCGGAGGUGUACCCAAGGAUAUCAACCAUAAGCACCGUAUCCGUGGAGACAUCAACGUACUUUUACUCGGUGACCCUGGUACGGCCAAAUCCCAAUUUCUCAAAUAUGUUGAGAAAACCGCCCACCGAUCCGUAUUUGCGACGGGCCAGGGAGCUUCCGCAGUCGGUCUCACAGCCAGUGUGCGCAAGGACCCAGUGACCCGAGAGUGGACGUUGGAAGGAGGAGCAUUGGUACUAGCCGAUAAAGGAACCUGCCUCAUCGACGAAUUCGAUAAGAUGAACGACGCCGAUCGUACCUCCAUUCACGAAGCCAUGGAACAACAAUCUAUUUCCAUCUCCAAGGCUGGCAUCGUGACUACUCUCCAAGCCCGUUGUGCCAUCGUCGCAGCGGCUAACCCUAUCCGAGGCCGCUACAACCCCACCAUCCCCUUUGCGCAAAAUGUCGAAUUGACCGAACCCAUUUUGUCCCGUUUCGAUGUGCUUUGUGUGGUGAAGGAUAAUGUGGAUCCUGUCACGGAUGAGCUUUUAGCGCGCUUCGUGGUUGGCAGUCAUUUGAGGAGCCAUCCUAAAUUUGACAAGGAAACGGACGAAAUGGAGGUGGCUACCUCACUGGACGAAGACAUCAUCCCUCAGGACGUCCUACGGAAGUACAUUAUGUACGCCCGGGAGAGGAUCAAACCCAAGUUGUACGACCUCGACCAAGAGAAGCUUUCUCGACUCUUUGCGGAUUUGAGACGGGAGUCCUUGGCCACAGGGUCAUACCCUAUCACCGUCAGACACUUGGAGAGCAUGAUCCGUAUGGCUGAAGCUAGUGCGAAGAUGGCGUUGAGGGAGUAUGUGAGGGCGGAUGACAUCGAUUUGGCGAUUGAGGUUGCCAUCGGAAGCUUCGUCAAUGCCCAGAAGAUGAGCAUCAAGAAAACUUUGCAGAGGGGCUUCAGGAAGUACCUUACGCAGUCCAAGGACCACGAAGAACUAUUGGCGUACUUGUUGGGCGGACUGAUUAAGGACAAAGUCAGAUUCUACCAGCUCCAGCGCCGGGAGCAGCCCGAAAGGGUUACUGUCAAAUUGGCAGAGUUGGAAGAAAAGGCCAAGGAGCACGAUAUCUUCGACAUCAAGCCUUUCCUCACCUCCAAAUUGUUCGCCACGAACGGUUACAAACUCGAAGGAAAUCUCAUUGAAAAGGUGUUCCGAAAGGACAGGGGCGAUUGA